GAUCGCGAUAAAGACGGUGAACAAACAAAAGGAGCGCGUUAAGGUGGGAGAAUGGGGAAGCCGACAGCAACAGACUACGCGCCACCAUUGACGGCAGCCACAGUCUGGAGUGACGUUCCUGAACCAAAUCGUUCACGGACCAUCGACUUCUUCGAAAGACAAGCGUUGGCCUCCCCCGUCGCUGCCGAUUGCCUCCGAAAGGACUUCUACUCUCGCCUCAUCCUCAGCCUUCUGGAGGUCGACAGUGUCGAACGUGGCCGCAUCACUUGCCUCGUCUCCGUCAAACCUGCUGUCAUCAAUUAUUUCGGUGGACUCCAUGGAGGGGCUGUGGCUGCCAUUGCAGAGUUAGUAUCAAUUGCGUGUGCUAGAACAGUAGUUGCUGAGGAUAAGGAACUGUUUCUAGGUGAAUUGGGCAUGUCUUAUCUCUCAGCUGCACCAAAAAAUGCGGAAUUGACAGUCGAUGCAUCUGUAGUGAGGAGUGGAAGAAAUGUGACAGUAAUUGCAGUUGAGUUCAAAAUGAGGGAAACCAGCCAGUUGGUUUACACUGCUCGUGCCACCUUCUAUAACAUGCCUAUGGCAAAAUUAUGAGAUUUCCCCUUAGUUGUAAACAGGAAUGAUUAAUAACCACACAAGAGAUAAAGCUCAGAUUAAUAAGUAGAAUUUACUCGAACUUGUAGAUGAUUUUUUUUUUUUUUCCUAUCUACCAAACAGAAUGACUAAAUGGAUCCACUUUCAUUUUUUAUUUUUUUUCAGAGCUUUC